AUGGGGAUAUAUCUAAGUGCUCCAAAAACUGAGAAGGCCUCUGAAGAUGGUGAGAAUGGCAUGCUUCGCUUCGGUUUGUCUUCAAUGCAGGGCUGGCGUGCUUCUAUGGAAGAUGCACAUGCAGCUCAUCCAUAUUUGGACGAGUCUACGUCUUACUUUGGUGUUUAUGAUGGCCAUGGAGGUAAAGCUGUUUCAAAAUUCUGUGCCAAGUUUCUACACCAGCAGGUGCUUAGGCAUGAAGCUUACUUAGCUGGAGAUAUAGCCACAUCUUUACAGAAAUCAUUCCUCAGAAUGGAUGAGAUGAUGCGCGGCCAAAGAGGGUGGAGAGAAUUAGCAGUCUUGGGAGAUAAAAUGGAAAAGUUCUCUGGUAUGCUAGAGGGGUUUAUAUGGUCUCCCAAGAGUAGUGAAGCCAAUGACCGUGCCGAUGAGUGGGCUUUUGAGGAGGGACCCCAUUCCGAUUUCGGUGGGCCAAACUCUGGAAGCACAGCUUGUGUGGCUGUCAUCCGAGGAAACAAACUUGUUGUUGCAAAUGCUGGUGAUUCUAGAUGUGUGUUAUCAAGGAAAGGCCAGGCACACAACUUGUCUAAGGAUCACAAGCCUGACCUUGAACUUGAGAAAGACAGGAUUUUGAAAGCUGGCGGUUUCAUCCAAGUUGGACGAGUCAAUGGAAGUUUGAACUUGGCUAGGGCAAUUGGUGAUAUGGAGUUUAAGCAGAACAAGUAUUUGCCUGCUGAAAAGCAGGCUGUGACUGCUGAUCCGGACGUAACUUCAGUUGAGCUUUGCGGUGAUGAUGAGUUUCUUGUGAUAGCAUGUGAUGGGAUAUGGGAUUGCAUGUCCAGCCAACAACUUGUGGACUAUAUACAUGGCCAGUUAAAGGCAGAGGAUAAACUUUCUGCGGUUUGUGAGAAAGUAUUUGAUAGGUGCUUGGCACCAACAGCUGGUGGUGAGGGAUGUGAUAACAUGACCAUGAUCUUGAUUCAGUUCAAAAAUCCUCCCACUUCAGAUGCUUCUGUCCCAGACCAACCUCAACCAUCUGCACAACCGGCUCCAAGUCCUCCAGCUUCAGAUGCAUCUGCUCAAUCGACUCCAAAUCCUCCAGCUUCAGAUGCAUCUGCUCAACCGUCUGAAGCCGACAGAAGUUAG